AUGAAUAAGGAUAAAGAACUAAGUGCAGCAACACCUUGGUUAAGACAUAUUCAGGAUCUUAGUAGUCGUGUGUGGACCCUGCAGAACAAUAUCCUCACUGCGGUCCCAAGGAAAGAACAAACUGUUCCAGUCACUGUUACCUUGCUCCCAUGCCAAUAUCUGGACACUCUUGAGAAGAACAGGGGGGAUCCCAUGUACAUGGGAGUGGAAAGGCCUCCGAGCUGCCUGUUCUGCACAAAGAAUGGGGAACAGCCUGUGCUACAGCUUGGGGAAGGGAACAUAAUGGAAAUGUACCACAAAAAGGAACCUGUAAAAGCCUCUCUGUUCUAUCACAAGAAGAGUGGUACAACCUCUACAUUUGAGUCUGCAGCCUUCCCUGGUUGGUUCAUCGCUGUCUGCUCCAAAGGGAGCUGCCCACUCAUUCUGACCCAAGAGCUGGGGGAAAUCUUCAUCACUGACUUCGAGAUGAUUGUGGUACAUUAA